AUACCCUUAUCCUCAAGCUCCCCGAAGCACAUAACUAGCGGGAAAUGGCAUUGGCAAACGCUAUCUCCUCGGCCUCUCUCCUUCGCUCUCCCAAGCAGAGUUUCAGUAGGAGGGCCAACCAGCAGCAACCGAAUGGGAGGGUAAAUUACAGGCAAUUCGGCAAUCGGUUUGUGGUGCGAGCUGAUGCUAAAGAGAUUGCCUUUGACCAGAAGUCCCGUUCAGCUAUGCAGGCUGGCAUUGAUAAGCUAGCAGAUGCUGUGGGACUUACCCUUGGGCCCAGAGGGAGGAAUGUUGUGUUAGAUGAGUUUGGAAAUCCAAGAGUAGUUAAUGAUGGAGUUACUAUUGCUCGGGCUAUAGAGCUAGCUGAUGCCAUGGAAAAUGCUGGCGCAGCUCUGAUUAGAGAGGUUGCGAGUAAAACCAAUGACUCUGCUGGGGAUGGGACUACAACAGCGUCAGUCCUUGCUCGAGAAAUAAUCAAGCUGGGACUUCUUAGUGUGACCUCUGGUGCUAAUCCUGUGUCACUCAAAAGAGGAAUUGAUAAAACAGUGCAGGGUUUGGUGGAGGAGCUAGAGAAAAAGGCCAGGGCUGUCAAAGGACGAGAUGACAUCAAAGCCGUUGCCUCUAUUUCUGCUGGAAAUGAUGAGCUGAUUGAAAUGAUUGCUGAUGCAAUUGAUAAGGUUGGACCUGAUGGUGUUUUGUCCAUUGAAUCAUCAUCCUCAUUUGAGACAACGGUUGAAGUCGAAGAAGGAACAGAGAUUGAUCGUGGGUACAUCUCCCCGCAAUUUGUCACAAACCCUGAGAAAUCAACUGUUGAAUUUGAGAAUGCUAGAGUAUUGAUUACAGAUCAGAAGAUUUCAGCAAUAAAAGAUAUAAUUCCUCUAUUAGAAAAAACCACUCAAUUGAGAGCUCCCUUGCUUAUUAUUGCUGAAGAUGUCACUGGUGAGGCUUUGGCUACUCUUGUUGUGAAUAAAUUGCGAGGCAUCCUUAAUGUUGCUGCCAUCAAAGCUCCUGGGUUUGGUGAGCGGAGGAAGGCUCUGCUUCAGGACCUCGCUAUUUUGACUGGUGCUGAGUUCCAAGCCACUGACUUGGGCCUGCUUGUCGAGAACGCCUCAAUUGAGCAACUUGGCUUAGCUCGGAAAGUGACCAUCACCAAGGACUCUUGCACACUUAUAGCUGAUGCUGCGUCGAAAGAUGAGUUGCAAGCAAGGGUUGCACAAUUAAAAAAGGAGUUGGCAGAGACAGAUUCAGUGUAUGACUCUGAGAAACUGGCUGAGAGGAUUGCUAAGUUAUCUGGGGGAGUUGCAGUCAUCAAGGUUGGUGCUGCUACAGAAACUGAACUUGAGGACCGUAAGCUUCGUAUUGAGGAUGCCAAGAAUGCAACUUUUGCUGCCAUUGAAGAAGGUAUUGUUCCCGGUGGAGGCACUGCAUUGGUUCAUCUCUCUGCAGCUGUUCCAGCGAUCAAGGACAAGCUGGAAGAUGCGGAUGAGAGGCUAGGAGCAGACAUUGUGCAGAAGGCACUGGUAUCACCUGCAGCAUUGAUUGCUCAAAAUGCGGGAAUAGAAGGUGAAGUGGUUGUGGAGAAAAUAAAGUCAGGUGAAUGGGAGGUUGGUUACAAUGCGAUGACGGACAAAUAUGAGAAUUUGGUGGAGGCUGGGGUAAUAGACCCCGCUAAGGUGACGAGGUGCGCUUUGCAGAAUGCUGCUUCAGUGGCUGGAAUGGUGCUGACCACGCAGGCCAUCGUGGUGGAGAAGCCCAAGCCCAAGGCACCCGCUGCCGCUCCCCCACAGGGUCUUACCAUAUAAGCUAGCUGGUCCCGUAGCAGACAACAGUUUUGUGUAGAGUAUUGAAGGAGCACGAGUGUUGGCUUUUCUGAUUUCGCCGCAAAUUCUGACUGUUUUUGCUGCAAUCGGAUGCCAUCUGAAGCCAUAGUUCUUCUCAAUCGUAUCGUGAGAUAUAUCCUUGUUGCGAGUGACAGGAUAAUUUGAAUUUUAUUUUUAAGGAUCACGUUAUUUUGAUAUUUAGAUUAUCUUGAAGAAUAAAAUCACGUUAACCACCACCAAA